AGAUAUUGUUUAAUAAACUUAUAUGUAUCUUAUCACUUGAAUCACUGUUCAUGAAUGAGUAUUUUAUAUGUAAAUAUAUGUGUGUUUUCACACUUGAGUUGAGGUAGAGGUGGCCACGGUUCCAUAAAAUUUGGAACCGGAACCGAACCGAAAAUUAACUUGUUCCAGUUAUGGUUUAGAACCAAACAGUUCCGGUUCCUUAACGUUUCCAAAAUCGACGGUUCCGACCGGUUUGAUCGAUUUCAGACGGUUCGGACUGGUUUUGAACGAUUUCGACCGGUUUGGGAUGGUUUUGACCGAAACUAGAACCGUCGGUUCUAACCGAAAUUGGAACCGCCGGUUCACGGUUCCAAAACUGGUGGAACCAAAACCGAACCAGUUCAGACUGAUUUCGGUUCGUUUCGGUUCCGGUUCGCACUGGUUCAGAACCGACAAUUUUGGUUCCAAAAACCGGAUUUUGGCCACCAUGAGUUGAGGUUAAUCAUGAGAUUGUCAAUGUCUCUACGCCAAGCAACAAACCCUCCUAGUCACGUGCUUGAUAUUCCUACCGGAAGGCUCAAAAUGGACAUUGUAACGCCUAGGUGGCAGAAAUCAAAGGUGGUGAUUUUAAUGGGAGCCACCGGAACCGGAAAGUCUAGACUCUCUCUGGAUUUAGCAAUGCAAUUUCCGGCUGAAAUUAUUAAUUCCGACAAAAUGCAAGUUUAUAAAGGGCUUGAAGUUACCACAAACAAAAUUACAGAAGAAGAAAGCUCAGGAGUCCCUCACCAUCUCUUAGGAGUAGUAAAUCCCAAUGCAGAUUUCACAGCAAAAGAUUUCUGCAACAUGGCUUCAUUAACUAUAGAAUCAAUUUCGAUCCGAGGCUUACUUCCAAUUAUUGUUGGAGGUUCCAAUUCAUACAUUGAAGCCUUAGUUGAUGAUCCAGAGUUUAAGUUCCGAUCAAGAUACGAUUGUUGCUUUUUGUGGGUAGACGUUUCAAUGCUGGUACUGAAAGAGUUUCUCUAUAAGCGAGUCGAUGAAAUGGUUAACAAAGGAAUGGUUGAUGAAGUGAGAAAUAUUUUUGAUCCCAAUGCGGAUUAUUCAAGAGGGAUUAGGAAAUCAAUUGGAGUUCCAGAAUUAGACAAACAUUUCAGAAGUGAAUUAUUCUUGGAUGAAGAAGAAAGUGCCAGAGUUCUUCAGGAAGCAAUACGCGAAAUAAAGAGCAAUAAUUAUAAAUUAGCUCUCCGUCAAGUGGAGAAAAUUCGCCGGCUUAAAAAUGUGAAAGGAUGGAAUAUACAUAGAAUUGACGCUACAGAGUUUUUUCGUAAUAAGGAUGAUGAUGAGAUGUGGAAGACGCUUGUGGGUAGACCGAGUAUUGCCAUUGUUAGACGGUUUCUUUACAGUUUGACAGCCACCGGAAGUAGUAGUGUUAGCGCAGGAACAGCCAAAGAUUACAUUGCACAAUGUCUUGUCUCUUGAAAUUAUAUGUGUUAUCAUCAUCAUCCAUAUUUGUCGAAAAUAAUAAAUUUUGAGUAAUAAAUAGCAGUAAUUGUUUUUUUCA